GCCACGUUUGUAGUUCUCAGGCCGGUGGGACUCUGCCGCAAUGCAUCUUAGGACCGUUGGGACUUUCGUGACCAACAAGAGCUCCGAAGUGAGAAACGAAGGGAUAAAUGUCUGUCUGUGAGUAGAGGGUUUGUGUUUACAGCCCCGUGGGCCAGGGAGAUUGCAGGGCGUCCUCGGUGCCUCCGAGCUCGGAAGUCUCUGCUCUCUGCGGGGCGGAUCUGGAAGCGAAGCCAUAAGGGGCGGAACUUCCGCUAGAGGCGCGCUGCUACCCGGAACGGUUUCCCAGAGAUUAAACCAGAAGAAAAUGAUGUGGUGACCGUUUCUGAGCCCAGCUCUUCCAUAUGGAAUGCAGUGUAUGCAGUGUCCCAUGCCCUCCAUAAAACGCUGUUGAGCAAAAUUGAAAUGGGACCUAAAGAAGACAGAAACAUGGACUGGCUUCUUCCAUGCCAGACUGCAUUGACCUACAAUGAUGUGCAUGUGAACUUCACCCGAGAAGAGUGGGCUUUGCUGGAUCCUUCUCAGAGGAAUCUCUACAAAGAUGUAAUGCUGGAGAUCUACAGUAACCUUACUGCUAUAGGCUGCAAUUGGGAAAAUCAUAAUAUAGAAGAGCAUUGUCAAAGUUCUAGAAAACAUGCAAGGUAUGAAAACAGUCAUAGGGGAGACAACCCCCCUGAAGAUACUCAAUAUGACAGAGUCUUUGCACAUCACAGGAGUCCCCAAACAUAUAAAAGUAUGCAUAUUGCUGAGGAUCACUAUGAAUGUAAUGAAUAUGGCAAUUCCUUUGCACAUGACAGUCAUGUCUUAAGACAUAAAUGGACUCACAAAGGAGAGAAACCUCAUAAAUGUAACCGAUGUGGUAAAGCCUUUGCAUCUAACAGUAAUCUCCUAAGACAUAAAGGAACUCACACUGGAGAGAAAUCUUAUGAAUGUAAUCAAUGUGGUGAAGCCUUUGUAUGUAAUAGCCAUCUCCUAAGACAUAAAAGAACUCACACUGGAGAGAAACCUUAUGAAUGUACCCAAUGCGGUAAAGCCUUUAGACAUAACAGUCAUCUCCUAAUACAUGAAAGAACUCACACUGGAGAGACACCUUAUAAAUGUAAACAAUGUGGUAAAGCCUUUGCACAGGGCAGUCAUCUCCGAUCACAUGAAAGAACGCACACUGGAGAGAAACCUUAUGAAUGUAACCAAUGUCAUAAAGCCUUUGCGUGUAACAGAAGUCUCCUGCUACAUAAAAGAACUCAUACUGGAGAGAAACCAUAUGAAUGUAACCAAUGUGGUAAAGCCUUUGCACAUAGCAGUAAUCUCCGAGUACAUAAAAGAACUCACACUGGAGAGAAACCUUAUGAAUGUAACCAAUGUAGUAAAGCCUUUUCAUGUAACAGAAGUCUCCUGCUACAUAAGAGAACUCAUACUGGAGAGAAACCAUAUGAAUGUAACCAAUGUGGUAAAGCCUUUGCACAUAGCAGUAAUCUCCGAGUACAUAAAAGAACUCACACUGGAGAGAAACCUUAUGAAUGCAAACAAUGUGGUAAAGCCUUUAGACAUAAUAGUCUUCUAAUACAUGCGAGAACUCACACUGGAGAGAAACGUUAUGAAUGUAACUAAUAUCAUAAAGGCUUUUAUGUAAGAGUCAUCUUGAACAAGAACCCUUACCGUAGUGAAACCCUAUGAAUGUAACCAAUGUGUCAAAACCUUUGCAUGCCAUAAUAUUCUCAAUGUACAUAGAAUAAUAUACACUGGACAGAAACUUUAUGAAUGUAACGAAUGUGAUAAAGCAUUUUGAUAUAAUAGUAAUCUAUGCCAAAGAAGACAUACAGGAGAGAAACCUUAUGAAUAUAACCAAUGUGGUAAAGCAAUAGCAUAUAACUGUAUUCUACUAAUACAUAAAAGAACCCACACUGGAGAGAAAUCUUAUGGUUGUAAUAAAUGUGUUAAAGCCUUUUCAUAUAACAGUUAUCUCCUAAUACAUAAAAAGCUCACACUUGAGAGAAACCUUAUUAAUGUAACCUAUGUGGUAAAGCCUUUUCACAUAGCUGUCAUGUCCUAAUGAAAACGUGCUGUUCACAAUCGUCUUCAACGUAAUGAAAGAAUUCAUACUGGAACAAAACACUAUGAGUGUAUUUACAUGUUGAAGCUACUCCACAUUUGUAUAAUCCUCGUCAUCAUGAAAGAAUUCAUACAGAGAGAAAAUUUAUGAAUGUGUUAAAAUGGGAGACCUUUGCACAUAUCUAUAUUCUACAUCAUCAUAAAAGUUUCAAAAUGGAGAGAAAAUCUGAGAAUAUAAUCAAUAUGGUAAGGCUUUUGUGUUCUUUUGUCCACUGAAUCCAAUACAACUCAAAUACUAGGUCAAUACUAAUGACAAAAUUUUAUUUUCAUCCAGGCACUACUGUUGAUUAGGGCCACAUAAUCUUCUUGGGAGCUGAACUGUGAUGCCUACCCAUCCAAUGUGCCAGAAAGUUACAGAGGUUCUGAGCUUGAAAAUCAUAAACAUCUUUAGAGUUUUACAACUAAAUUGUUUCCAUCAGUCAUGGUUUAGGGAUAUGGGAUUUGUUUAUGUCAUUGAGGAAGUCAACUGAUGCAAAAUGUAGGUUUAACAGUGAAAACAAUCAUAUUCAUUUGUUCUUUUGUGGUUAGGAAAAGAUAGUAUGUUUUAGUAAAGAGAAUCUGUGGUUUGGGUCAGUCAUUAUGUUAGGGUACCAGAAACCAUUGUAUGGAACAGUCAUGUUUUGGGCAAAAAAAGUUAAGUAAUUAAAGCCGGUCAGCUAUUGGGAAGUCUACAGCUUUCCUAGGGAUUAUGAACUUAAACUUAUGUUCACCCUAUAAAUCAAUGGAGGCUGGAAUCUAAAAGGCAAUACUUAAGACAAAUUGCUUUUGCAUGAUCCCACAUAAUUUGCUUUUACAUGUUUUGCACAUCAAAGUCAUCUUCAAGUAUACAAAUGAACAGAUAGUAGAGAGAAACCUUACACAUGUAUUCAAUGUGAUAAAGCCUUUCUUAAUACAGUUAUCUCUGAAUACAUAAAAGAAAACAUACUGCUGAAUAAGCAAUGUGGUAAAUCCUUUUCAUGGGGUUGUCUUUGAAAUGAUGAGAAAAAGUCAUGCUGCAGAGAAACCCCAUGAAUGUAGUCAGUAUGGUAAAGUUUUCUGCUUCAUGUUUCCAUUAUAUGAGUAAAAGCUUCAGUGUAUGGGCUACAUCCUAAAUCCUUUGCAUAUCACAGUAGUCUUUGAGAACCUAAAAGAACUCAUUCUGAAGAACAUCUAUUAGAGUAAAAGAUUUUUUUCAGAUCUUUGACCCACCAGCGUGCAUUUAAUUACACUAGAUUAUUUUGGAGGGAAAUGCUAACAAGUGUCAACAAUGUAUGCAUGCAUUUAUGACAUCCAUCAUUAUUUUGUUUCCAAUUGAAAUCUCAUAUGGACCAAAGGCAUAUGAAUUUAAACAAUAAGAUAAUCCUUUUUAAUUUCACAAUUCAAUUCAAUUACAUGAAAUAAAUCAUCCAGUUGUAAAAUUUAUGUGUGUGUAUUAGUGCAUUUUCUGUGACCAAACACAAUGUCUAAGGCAACUUCCAAAUGUGUUUACUUUGCCUUAUGACCUGAGAGGAUAUGGGAUCACUAUAAAUUGGGCAACACAAGUGUCUUACAUGGCAGCUAAAGUAGGAAGCUUGGAGCUCACAAUCACCACCUGCAGCAUGAAGCAGUGAGUGGGAACUACAGAUGGUAUGCACCUGAAAACUAUCAAGCCCACCCCAAGUAACAUACUUUCUCCAGCAGGGAUACAUUUUGUUAAAAAUUCCGAAAUGAUACCACCAACUGAAAAGGAUUCAUUUCUCUAAUUUCAGACCUACAUGUUUGAUUUCUGUUACAUGAAGGAAUUUGUGAUGAAGACAUUUGUAAAUAAGCCUGUAGUUGCCUCAACACCUGAAUUCAGUAACGAAUGCAUAAGCAUUCGUAUAAAUAAGUAAAACAUUCAUGAGUAAACAUAUAUUUAAGAAUUUAUUUUAAUUUCCCUUACGUGAUAACAGUUUUUCUUUGUGUGUUUAUGUGCCUGUCCAUUCUAGUUUCCAAGUAGACUAGACCCACUGAUUUUCUCAUACCAGGAAUUAUAGAAAGUUGUCAAAAACCUGACCUAGGUCCUGGGAAUGAACUUGUCUUAACUACAAAACCAUGUAUCUAGUACUGUAAAUAUCUUAAAUCUUAAUAUGUCAUCUUGAUGUCAGGAAGUAGAAAAGCAUUCAUAGAAGAGAGAAAUCUUAUUUAUGCAAAAGAGUUUAUUACUUUGGACAUAAUAAAUGUAUUCAUUUCCAAGAAAAGAAACUAUUUUGAAUCUGUUUUUAUCAAAGCCUCGGAGGAAGUAAUUAUUUAACAUGUUCACUUCAUUGUAAUGGAUGAGAUCACCAAUUAUGGUUGUGCUCUGAAUUUUGAAACAUUGGAGUAGGUAUUGAAUUUGUUGUGUGUGUGGCAAAUCCAUUCACAGAACUUUAUUAGGUUCUGAUAUUCCUUCUGUGGCAGAUGUUCAUAUUCUAAGGCAUUUCCAUUUGGUGAGAGUUAUUUUUCUGCUGCAAUGUAUAGAAUGGAAUCCCCAUCCUCUGUGUGGUCCAUUGCUUAUUUAUAUCAGGCCAUGUGAGAUCAUAGUUUUCAAGGAAGGGUCUAUGAGAACUUGUACUUUUUUUGUUUUCACAAAUUCAUUUAAGAUGUUUGUUUUUAAGCCUUGCUUGGAUAUCAACAAUUAAGUGAUGCUUAGUAAUAUGUGUGUACAUAUGUAUGUAUAUAUUGUUUGAAGUUUCAUGCUUCUAAAUGUUCCCAUAUUUACUAUAUGGCACAUCAUCUUGAAAUAUUGCCUUCUUAGAGAUUUAUCUAGAGGUGAUAGUUAAUGUAACAGCAAUGAGAUUUAUUUAAAAAACCAUGUUGUGUGUGUAAUGGAAUAUUUACUCUUAGGCUAUGACAGAUAUGAAGAGUGUGUGAUACUCUAUGGGGUCUAUUUUGGUCAUGGUUAUAUGAUAUUCAAGUUUAUGGUGUCUCUUUUGCAUACCACAAACACUCUCCACUAAGCUCAUUGAGACUCAAAAAACGUACUUGAAAAAUUACAUCAGUACAAUAUUGUCUUCUAUUCCAAUUAUGAAUAUUUUAUUAUCUGAGGAUGGAAGAAAAUGAAAUGAUUUGAA